AGUAAAGUCUUGCUGACGAGAUCCAUCAUAUACUCAGUCACCUGCCUGUCGACCACAAAACCACUCCCCCCGAUUCCAUCUCCUCCAGACCAUGGAGUCCGACUCCGGCUCUGACCUCGGCGACAACACACCAAACGCCGCACGCUGGUUCCUCCUCCGCACGCCGACCGUCCCCUCGAUCCCAGACGAAGCGUGUAACAUCUGCCUUCGCCCCUUCGACCCCACAAACGCCGCCCACGAACGGCCCGUCGUGACGGCGUGCGGCCACAGAUUCGGCAGGGACUGUCUGGCUGUCUGGCUGUCCACGCCCUGUCCUGGGUCUGCGUCUGAGAAGCGCUUCUCGGACUCGUGCCCGUGCUGUCGCGCCGUGCUCUUUGCCCAGAACGACGCCUUCUCCCUGCUUUCGCCGCCGCCGUCGUGGCAUGUCAGGUUCAUUAUCGAGCAAGCGCUACGGGAUUUUGAGGAGGUUGAGGCGAGAUUGGUGGAGAUGGUGAUGCGGGGGGGUCAUCAUGUUUAGCAGGCUGACGGGUUUGUUAAUUUUCAAUGAUCGAUUUGAGGUGUUAGGAGGAUGCUUGGUGAUUGUCUGCUUGACGAUCGUCUGCUGUCCGGGAAGGUCGAU